AUGUGCUGGUUCCACGGGGUGAUUGACCUCGCGUGGGAAGAUGAGGUCGUUCCUGAUGACUGGCGCCGAGGUAUGCAUUUAUCUGUUAACAAGAAGGGAGAUAUUACGAGAUGUGAAAACCAUCGUGGCACAAGUCUUAUCGACAUUGUUGCAAAGAUCCUCGCUGUUGUAUUCCUCAGACGAGUUCAGGCUGCGCAAGACUCCAGAACGGGACCCAACCAAGCCGGAGUUCGCGCUGGGCGUGAAUAUGCGGACCAGAUAUUCACCCGAGACGCAUUCGUGAAUUCUGCCAUGGCGACCAACAACCGACGGCCCACUGCCUUGUUGACUCUACCGCCGCGUUGGAUUCCGUCAGUGGUGAGUCCAUGUUGCGAGUAA